CGCGCUUGGCCGGAUCCCCUCACUGCACCAGACACAUCUCUUAUAUACUAGUCUAAGCGGAUAGCGUGAUCUCUAUUCUUCAACGGACAACGGCCGCUAUGGAUUUCACACAUACCGCGUACUUUGGUGGCUCUCAGCCCUACCAAUUCAUGGGGAUCCCUCCUCCCCUCACUCCGGCGCAUUCCACAUCGGUCGCGUCGGACGACUUCAACACCACCUCACCUCCGGAGGUCUACGAGCAAUAUCCCAACGGCAUCCCUCAUGAGCAGUUCCAGAACUUCGACAACUACGUCCAAUUCAAUCCUGCGCAGACCUUCCCGGGUCCACCCACGCCGCCGGGUCAGGCUCCCAUUCCUGCACCUGUGCAGCCAGGCCCCAUCAAUGGCGCCGUCCCGCAGGCGCGGCCCCCUACUGUUGAGAUCCUGCCUCUCUCCACGAUAGACUUUGACGAGCAGAGCCGUCGGCAACAAGGGUCCAAUUCGGAAGAGGAUGACCUGACCCCAGCCCAGUCGAGGCGCAAAGCUCAAAACCGUGCAGCCCAACGAGCCUUCCGCGAGCGCAAGGAACGCCACGUCAAGGACCUCGAAAACCGCCUGCAACAAACCGAGCAAAGGGAGCAGGAGACGGCGACCGAGAAUGAGCGCCUGAAGAAGGAACUGCAGCAGAAGAUGACCGAGCUCGAGAUCCUGCGGGCGACAUCCAAUGCUAAUGGCGGUGGGUCGCCCGGCAGGAACAGCGCCUCACCAGUCGUGACAGGUCCCAUGUCGUACAACCCAACCGACUUUUACUCCAACGUCCUCCAGAACCACGCCAACAAGACUCCAAGCCACAGGAUAGUGACCAGUGACAGCGGCGAACGUCUUCUCGCUGCAGGCGCAACGUGGGAGUUAAUCAUCAGCCAUGAUCUCUUCCGGCGUGGACUGGUUGAUAUCGGAGCAGUCAGCGAACGGAUCAAGCCUCUGGCCAAGUGCGAUGGCCAAGGCCCGGUGUUUGAGGAAAGGGCCAUUCUCAUGGCCAUCGAGCAGAGUGUGGCCAGUGGGAGCGACGAGCUUCUUUGAUUCAGCAGCGUUGUAUGAUUUGCCGAGUUUUUUACGAAGAUUAUGACCGACACAACACCCAACUCUCUUUACGUACACGCAAGAAAAUCAGUCUGUCACCCAGCAUAUAUCACACAGUACACUAAAAACGAACUGGGUUGAGCUUUUUGGCGUUAUAAGGGGUCCCGGGUUAUGGGUCGGUUGGCAGCGGUUUUUCGGGAGAGCACGAUGGUUGGGCUGGACGGUAUGUGGUUGGGCAAGAGGGUAAAUAAGGGGCGUUUAUUGGGUUGCAUUCUUUUUGUCCUUUUUUUCGUUUUUUCUUUUUUUUUUUUCUUUUUUUUUUUUUUUUUUUUUUUUUUACAAACUUCAACAUUGUGAAUAUGGGUGGGAGCGGGGGAGAGGCACUCGCAUUCUUUUUGAACUUCGCUCCUCCAUGCUUUGUGUUUGGAUAUUGCCGAUCCAAAGCUGGGCAUAUAUUGAAUCUCAAAUGAUGUUUUGAAGUGGCUUUCGAUCUCACUA